AUGGUCGAGAUGUUAAAGAAAAUUGAGGUAACUAUCCCUCUCUUUGAUACUAACCAUCAAGUACCUAAAUAUGCAAAGUUUCUUAAAGAUUUGUGUAUGAACAAAGAUAGAAUCCAUGAGUUAGAAACUAUUCCAUUGGGGAGUUCUAUUUCGGCUUUAAUGAAAGCAAUACCGGAAAAGUGUGGUGAUCCGGGCCCUUACUUAGUCACUUGUACCAUAGAUGGAGUUCAAUUCAUUGAUUUUAUGUGUGAUCUUGGUGCAUGCGUUAGUAUUAUGCCUCAUUCCGUUUAUCAUAUAUUGAAGCUCCCACCAUUGAAGCGGUCGGUAGCUAGGUUUGUCUUGGCGGAUAAGAGCAUAAUAACUGUGACGGGUAUUGUGGAAGAUGUGUUGGUAAACAUUAAGGGUUUGGUAUUUACGAUUGAUUUUCAUAUCCUUGAGAUGCCACCUAGUGAAUCUGAAAGGACAUCGUCUAUCUUACUUGGGAGGCCAUUUUUGAGGACCUCUAGGUUCAAAUUGGAUGUCUAUUCGAGAACUUAUUCUUUUGAGAUUGACGGAAGAGUUGUUAGCUUUAGUCUUGAUGAAGCCAUGAGGCACUCACCGGAGGAUCAUUCCGUAUUCUUGUGUGACAUGAUUGACAAUGUUGUAGCCGAAGUGUAUUGUGCUAAUCUAGAUGAAAAGAGUAUGCUUGAAGGAUCAAGUGUGGGGAGCCCCCACGAAUGUGAAGAGAACACCGCACUCCCUCUGGAUCCACCGGAAGUUCAAAUGCCAAGUCAAGAACAACAUGUAGAUUUGAAACCACUACCGCCCCACCUAAAAUAUGCCUACCUUGAUGAAGCCCACAAGCUCCCGGUAAUUAUUGCGAAGGAGCUCACUCCCCACCAAGAGGAGAAGUUGCUUCAUGUUUUGAGGAGGAAUGAAAGAGCUAUAGGGUGGAGCUUGGCGGACCUAGUGGGCAUAAGCCCCAAGUGUGUGAGCACCGAAUCUUCUUAG